AUGAUCCUAAGAAUCUCCGACAAGCAUAAAUCUUAUUGUGGAGGACGUCCCAGAAACUGGCUCUAUUGGGAUCAUCGACUAGGAAGCUGCUGGAUACUUUCCCAAGGGAUGGAUACGAACGAAAUUUUGAAUAAGCAGUGGCUUAGAUUUUCCGGAUUUGGCGACGGAUGUGCAUUAGAGGCGAACUUCAGAAAUUACUACGGGAACAUGGCUUCGAGCACUAUUCGAAACAAUGGCAGUCUUGGGGGUAUUGACACUCGGAAUAUAUGCUGA